CUUGUUUAUUUCUUUGGGUAUCUUCGUUAUCGUCUUUUUUCUUUCUCCGUUCAACAUCCUCUUAGGGUUUUCACUGUUGCACUCAGCUUUCAGCGCCGCUCAUACAUACCACUUCCGUUCACUUCAUCGCAACAUUGCUUCAUCAAGGGCUGCUAUUGUGUUUUCUUUUGAACGAGACUGUCGUUGUGGUUGCUGUAAUAUUAGGUGUGUUUGUCAAAUUUAUGGUUAAUGGUACUAGUCGGGAAUGUCUAACAAUCUGGUUUCAGAGCCUAUGCCCAGUAUGCAAAUGGCUCGGUUAGAGCCGCUUAUGAACAAGAUUGAUUCGUCAGGGAGACAGAUGGAAAUGGGGAUUUUGGUUCCUGUGUCCAGUGAUAUUGUUUCACAGCCUAUGGGGAGCUCAAAUGAACAUGUUGGGUUAUUGAGAGCUGUGCCUGGUGAAUCUAGGUUUCAGGGCAUGCCCCUUUCGACCAUGCAGAGUGGACGAGUAGAAGCACAACCGAGUAAUCCAGGAAUGCAUCAAAUUCUUUCCGCAAACCGACAGUCCAUGCAAAUGGGGAGGCUUCCAAAUAGCGCAGGGCCUCAGCAGCAGCAGCAGCCAACAACUCCCAAGCGCAAGGCGCCAACAGAACUAUCAUCCAGUAGUUCCUUUAACAAGCGUGUUGCACAAAUGGGAAACAGACCUUGGUUGCAGCAAGUACCUAAUGCAUCAAAUAGAGGUUCUCUGCAGAUGCAAUCCCCGUCAAAUGCCUCCAGGACACAGCAUUCGGCAGCUUCUAGUAAGAGAAAAACACAGUUGGAUAGCACUUCCGGUAAAGCCGGUACACCUCGGUCUGUGAAUUCUAAAAGUCAGAAUAGCCAGAUAAAGCAGUCCUCCAAGGCGCAAACUGAAUCAUCUGAAAGUGUUAGGUCCAAGAUGAGAGAGUCAUUAGCUGCUGCUCUGGCCUUGGUUUCUCAACAAGGUAAACCGCAGAUUCCAAAUAAUAAUAGACCAACUGAUGAUGCUACCAAUACUCAAGGUAAAUUAGAGAACAACUCUCAGUGUUCCGGAUCAACACCUACAUCCAUCAAUGCUCCACUGGAGCAAAGUAUUUCUCAAUCAGUUAAUUCCUCUUUUGCUGAGGUUGAUUCAGUUGGCCGGGUGGAGACAGAGCACAUGCAGAGUACAUCAUUCAAAGAAGAUUUUCCUGAAAAAUACAAGGACUAUGAAGCAGGAUCCACAAAUGCAUCAAACAAUGAAAGCAUACUGACUUCUAUGCAAGUCUUGAACUGUGAUAAGCAAGAUUUCCAGUCAUGUUACACUUUGACUACUGAUGAUGUUCCUUUUAGUGACAGUUUCUUUAUGAAAGAUGAUCUUUUGCAGGGAAAUGGUCUUUCCUGGGUAUUAUCUGAUAUGGUGGACGUGGGAAAUCAAAGGGAAAGUCAAACUAAUAUAGAGCAGAGAUCAGAACCUGAGGAAAAAGGUGAAGGUUGCAGGGAGGAGGCCCCUUUACCUGAACUUUUGGCAUCAAAAAUAGAAGCAGAACUCUUUAAACUAUUUGGAGGUGUGAAUAAGAAGUACAAAGAGAAAGGGAGGUCGCUUUUAUUUAAUUUAAAAGAUCGCAACAACCCUGAACUUAGAGAAAGGGUUAUGUUUGGUCAAAUUCCUCCUGAACAAUUAUGUUCCAUGACUGCAGAGGAACUUGCUUCAAAAGAGCUCUCUCAGUGGCGUAUAGCCAAGGCUGAGGAGCUUGCUCAAAUGGUGGUUUUACCUAAUUCAGAUGUUGAUUUUAGGCGUUUGGUCAAGAAGACUCAUAAAGGUGAGUUUCAAGUGGAAGUUGAACAUGAAGACAACGUAUCCAUUGAGGAGGUUUCAGGUGGCACAAACUCAGUGGCUAGAAGCCAAACAGCAAAAAGGGAUGUGGAAGGCACUUCUUCAAAACCUGAUGUGAACAGUGAUGCUGAGAAGCGCAAUUUACAGAAGGAUGAUACAUUUUCCAUUACCAUUUCGUCCACUGAUGGCACCGAUCCCAUGCAGGGCCUUAUGACUGAUGAUGCCUUGAAGGACCCUGAUUUUCUUCCACCAAUUGUCUCUCUUGAUGAAUUCAUGGAAUCUCUUCAUUCUGAGCCACCGUUUGAAAAUUUACCUCUAGAAACUGGGAAAGUGACACCUGCUUUAGACAAGGAUGAUUCAGGGGUUGGAUCUAAAUCAAAAUCUUCUGAUUUAACUCCAAAUGAGCAAGCCGUUGUCACACCUGAGAAGUUUCCAAGCACACGUGUAACUUCAGAUGCUGAAAAGGAGAAAAAGGCUGAUGCUGAAUCUGGGACCAUUUCUUCUGAUACGGCGGGAUACAGUGGGAGUCAAGCUGACAUGAAGUCAACUGAUGAUCGUACCAAGGAAAUGUCUAUUGAUAAUGCGAAGCCUGCACCCAGCGAUACUGAUUUCAAAGGCAAUCAGUCUCAUGCCGAAGGGCGAUACGGUAAUGAUAAUAAAUACAUGAAGGAUGCAGUCCCCACUAAGGGUGAAUGCCUUUGGGAGGGAAUGCUUCAACCCAAUAUAUCUACCACUCAGUCUGUCAUAAGCUUCUAUAAGAGUGGCGAGAAAACUGCUGCUAAAGACUGGCCUGGGUUUCUCGAGAUCAAGGGAAGGGUUCGACUAGAUGCAUUUGAGAAAUUUCUUCAAGAUCUUCGAUUGUCUAGGAGUCGUGCAAUCAUGGUUUCACAUUUCCUUUCCAAGGAGUUGGACGAGCAAUCAACUCUCCGUGAGGUGGCUGAGUCGUAUAUUUCGGACGAGAGAGUAGGAUUUGCAGAGCCUGUGCAUGGAGUAGAACUUUACUUUUGCCCACCUCAUAAGAAAACAGUUGAAAUGCUGAGCAACAUACUUCCAAAGGAACAAAUUGAGGCAGUUAAUUCUAUUGAUAAUGGUCUAAUUGGUAUUAUUGUAUGGAGAAAAACUAAUUUAACUUCGUCUAUAUCACCCACCACUGCUACUCACCACAAACACAGCUCUAAAAGACAACAAUACUUGAGUAGGAGACAGCAAGAUAUAAAUGUGAAUGCCAAUUCCACCCAUAAAGCAGUACCCCCUACGGACCUUAAGACCACUGAGAAUGAGAAUGAUGACGAUGAUGAUGUUCCUCCUGGAUUUGGGCCACCGGCCGCCCGAGUCGAGGAUGACCUGCCGGAGUUUAAUUUCUCCAGUAGUUCGAUUCCACCACACUUGGCCCAAAAACCAAAGGAACUAUCAAAUAUGGUUGCAUUACAUUCGGUUAACCCAGCCCCACCACCUGCACGACCUGUAGAACAAAUGAGAGAACUUGUGUACAAAUAUGGGCAAAACAAAGCAAGUGCACCUUCUUCAGUAAACUGGCAGGAUAAAUUUGGGGGAACCAUUCAACCCUGGAAUGAUGAUGAUGAUGACAUACCUGAAUGGCAGCCCCAAACAUCCCAGAAUCAGUUUCUUCCCCAACAGACAAUGCAUAACUUUCAUCUUCGACCGCACAUUGUGAAUCAAUCAUUACCGGGUUCACAACAACAGCCUAUUAUGACACCACAAUAUCUGCAACCCCCGAUGAAUGUGACUCAUACCCAAAGAAAUUUUGACCCUCAAUGGCUUCCUUCUCCCCAGGCUACCAACCUUCCCCCAAGAGGUCCACCGCCCUACGGAGCGCCUUCGCAAGGCACUACCUGGCCUCAAAAUGUCUCUAGAACUAGUAGGGGAUUUUAGUUUCUUUUGCAGUCUUUUAAUUUUGUAAUGUCUUUCCUAUCUGUAGUAUGUAAGCUUAUUGUAAGGUCUCGUGCUAUUUUUUUUGUAGCAUCACCUCGAAGAUUAAACAAAUGACCAUUUUUCUCCUGUUUCUGUUUGC